AUGGGCCCCUAUACCGCCUCCUCAUGCUGCUGCCAGGCCCGUAAUCUGCCAUAUGGGCCCCCGUAACCGACUCCUCAUGCUGCUGCCAGGCCCGUAAUCUGUCAUGGGCCCCUGUACCGCCUCCCUCAUGCUGCUGCUGGUCCAGAGUGUGUAUCAUGGGUCCCUGUACGGCCUCCCUAUUGCUGCUGUCUCUAUCGCCACACUCUGCCUUGUGCCACUUUCAGGUCUCCUCACACUGCUGGUGGUUUCCAUUUUUGUCAUUGGUCACUUUGGGUGCUGUAAUGCCUCCCAUUGCUGCUGCCUCUCCACCGCCACAAAAAAAUGUGGCUCUCACACUCUGGUUUUUGGCCCGUGACUGCCCAAAUGAGUGAAGUGUGCGGUGAUUCUAAGAUCGACGGCACUCAUCUGCAUGUCAUAUGACUGACCAGUAUUAUUUCUCUUCCCCAGCAGACUCCAAGGGCAUUUAAAUUAAAGGUACAGUGUUCUGCACUAAUCUA